GGUUUCCUAUCAUAACAUCUGGGCAGUGUCAAAAAUGAAUUAAUCAAAAUUUACGUACAAGCAAAUAAUCCAAAAAAUGCCUAAAGUAAAAACGCAAUCGAGAUCAGUGAAGUCACCAUCUCCAGUUCGCUCCAAUCGCCCGGGCGGCGUCCAAAAAAGUGAGCCUUCGCCAUCGCCAUCGCCGUCAUGCAAGACCAGUCUGCUGGAUCUGCCCGAGGACAUCAUCCGGCUGGUUCUCGAGUUUCUGCCCAAGAUUACCGAUAAGGCUCUGCUGGCCUGUGUGGCGCCCAAGUUCCGAGAGGCCUUCGAGGGCUGGGCGAGAGUGCAACGAAAUGCCUUGGACAUAGUCAGCCUGGAGACGGUGCCUCUGCCGCAAUUGAUCAGGUUCUUCAAGGUGGCGGGACCCUUCAUCAGAGUCCUUCAAGUGGACUGUGCGUCCUACCAAAAGGAGUCCCUGCUGGUGGAGUUCGUCAAGGAAUACUGCCCCAAUCUGGAGGAGAUCAGUUACUCGAACGCCACCGAUGAGUUCCACUACCGAUCGAUUAUGUCCAAAAUGACGCACUUGAAACGGGUCACUAUUGAGUGUUUGGACGCAGAGGAUGUGCUCAACUUUGAUCUGCAGCCCAACCAGGAGCUGGAGUUUUUUGAACUGGUCAAUGGUUGCUAUACAGGCCAAAAUCUCUGCGGGUUUCCCAAUCUCAAAACUUUGGUCCUUCGAGACUGUCUGCUAUGGAACUCGAUGGAGUUCGGAAUUCCGCUUAAGUCGUUGCACACUUUGGAUCUCGACGACUGUUGUUUCGAGGUUAUGAAUGUGAGCUUGUACCAGAAAAUCGCCGAGAGCUGCACGAACUUGGUGGAACUGAUCUUCUCCGGGUGCGAUACCAACUUCGAGGUAAUCGCCAACCUGCCCAAUCUGGAGCGCUGUACACUGAAAACCUGGAUGACCUCCAACGAGCUGAAUAUUGGGUUCCUCACGGUUCUGGCAGAGAAACGAGGAAACAAGCUCACCCAUCUGCACCUUUCCGGUCAGUUCCAUAUCACCAAUGAGCACGCCAGGUGCCUGGGACAGUUGAGUAGCCUCAGGGAUCUGCGGUUCAGCAACAACGAUAUCCUGGACGACGAUCACUUCAAGUUCUUCAACGAUCUCAGCCAGCUGGAGCUAUUUGGACUGACCGCGUGCGGUCGGGUGAUGGACGUGGGUAUGAUGAGGAUGGUGCGGAAGUGUCCGCAGUUGAAAGUGGUUGAUUUGACCGAUUGCGAGCAGAUCACCGAGGAGUUUGUGAUCCAGGCCAUUGGAUUCUGCUUGAAGGGAUCGGGUCGUGAUGUGGUGCUCAAUGUAAAGGGAACCAAUAUCAGGCGGCCUAUAUUGACGCAUCCGGAUUACGUGGAUUCCUUGAAUCGUCUAAGGGUUAAUUUUAUUUAAAACGACACCAAUCGAAUGGAAAAUGACACUGCCCAAAAAUGAUUAGAUUUGAUUUCUAUUAAUAAAAACCAGUCGAAGAGGAGUGCAAGUAUUAUGUUUGCUGAGAUUUCUGGAUUGGGGAACAGCCGUGGCUGGGAAUUCUUCCGUGAGUGGAGCAUUCGAUGGCCUUGGAGCGCGAAUGGCUAAGACAAUGGGAUCCUCACCGGAUCGAUGAGUCAUGGCCCCAUGGCUGCCAUAAGGAAGUGGACGAUCGGAAUUUAUGAUCAUGCUCACAAUGCUCCAUUAGCACGCCGAUGAUUGCGGACAAGCGUGUGUGUGUCGCUGCACUUUGGGCCUUUGGCGAGUAACAAUUGGAAGCUGGCCCGUCCGACGAGCGACUGGCUAACAAGCCAAGCGAAUGGAAACCGAAAUGAAACAAUACGAUAUUCGAUACAGUUCUGAAUCCGCGAUUCAAUUCGAUCCAAGCGAUCGAUCGCCGGCAAUAAAUUUCGCAUUCAAUUGCUGUUCAAUUGGAACUGAACUUUGUUGCUUUGUUGGCCGAUGAUGUCUGUGUUAGCAGCAGGAAGCUAGUGACCGCGGCCAGUUGAUUACACUUGGAAAAAUAUAGUACUGUUU